CUAUCAACGAAAUAGUUCUUGAACAUGGCUCUGAUAAGAAAAAAUUUUCAGCAGAUACUUUCUAAGAUUUUACAGCCAUGUGCAGUAUUAACAUCUCAACAGUGCAAUUCCAUCCAUACAAAUUUCCCAGUUAAUUCAGAGUAUUCACAGUCUGUCGCUAGACCAGAAGGAAGAACAAAAUGUACUGUAAUACCGGGAGACGGAGUUGGACCAGAAAUGAUGUAUUGCGUAACAGAAGUUUUUAAGGCUGCCGGGGUUCCAGUGGACUUUGAAACAUUUUUCUUUUCCGAAGUCCAUGCUAGUAUGAGUGCACCAUUGGAUGUUGUUUCUGGUUCAAUUCAGCGUAAUGGAAUUUGUUUAAAGGGUGCCCUUGCAACUCCUGAUUAUUCACGAACUGGUGAACUUCAAACAUUAAAUAUGAAACUUCGUAGAUCUCUUGACCUUUAUGCGAAUGUAGUACAUGUCAAAACUCUUCCGGGUUUGAAACUUAGGCAUGACAAUAUUGAUGCUGUAAUCAUUCGUGAACAAACCGAAGGUGAAUAUUCAGCUCUUGAACAUGAAAGUGUUAAGGGAGUUGUAGAAUGCUUGAAAAUUGUAACAGCUGAUAAAUCAGAAAGGAUAGCCAAGUUUGCGUUUGAUUAUGCUACUAAAAAUGGCCGUAAGAAAGUGACUGCUGUCCAUAAAGCUAACAUUAUGAAGUUAGGUGAUGGCUUGUUCUUAAGGAGUUGUCAGGAGAUGUCAAAGUUAUAUCCUAAGAUAAAAUUUGAAUCAAUGAUUGUAGACAACUGUACCAUGCAGAUGGUCUCUCAUCCUGACCAAUUCGACGUGAUGGUCAUGCCUAACCUUUAUGGUAACAUUUUGGAUAACCUGGCUUCAGGUCUGGUCGGAGGAGCUGGUAUGGUAGCGGGCGCCUCUUACAGUCCUGAGUGUGUUGUGUUCGAGCCGGGUGCAAGACAUACAUACUCAGAAGCAGUUGGCAAAAAUGUAGCUAAUCCAACGGCAAUGUUACUUUGUGGUGCUAAAAUGUUGUUUCAUGUUAAUCUGGCUCAUUAUGGUGAAAUGAUUAAAAAGGCAAUUGCCAAAGUCUUAACUGAUGGAAAGGUCAAAACAAAGGAUGUAGGAGGACAGUCUACCACAAGCGAAUACACCUAUGCAAUAAUUAAUAAUCUUCAGACUUGUUAUUAAUUAACUUCAUAUUUUUUUUUUUCCUAACAAUUAUAAGCGAAUUUCCUAUUUGUCUAUACCAUUAUUUAUGAUUUGUUUGUUAUCAUCUUGGCCUUGUAAGAUAAAAUCCUGUACAUAGUUUUAAAUUAAAUAAAUUAUUACUGAGAUCUG